AUGGGGACACAUCAGUCAAAGGGCAGAAAGCAUCAUAGUCCAAAGGAAAAGCGACUACCACUUAACUCGGUGUCUACGGAAUCCUAUGCAAGCAGAGCUACCAACGUCAACCCAAUGUAUAAAGUCAUCGACGGCAGACGGUAUCUAGUGAGCAACAAUGCAAUCUAUCGUCUUCCGAUUGACGAUGCUGAGGUGGACAGAUUGCAUCUUCAACAUUAUACCUAUCGAUAUUAUUAUGGAAGUAAUUGCUCCGCACCAGUUGAGGAAAUGCUAAAGCAGGGACGGGCGAGAGUUCUAGAUGUGGGUUGCGGCGCGGCAACAUGGUUACUGGAAAUGGCAACAGAAUAUCCGACAUGCUUUUUCACCGGUAUCGAUAUUUCGCCAAUGUUCCCCACUGAAAUCAAACCAAAGAACGUUCAUUUCAUACAACGCAACGCAAUCGACGGACUUCCCUUUCCUGAUGGGACAUUCGACUUUGUAUUUAUGAGAAUGAUGUAUUUGUCGUUUACAUCAGACCAAUGGGAAAAUGUUAUAGUGAGAGAACUUUCGAGAGUGCUAAAACCGGGUGGAUGGCUCGAGUUGAUGGAAUGCGACCAGUCUCUAUCUGAUAUGGGGCCAUUGACGACGGAUUAUGCAGAUAAAGCCAGCGGAAUAUUAGAAGAUUUGGGUAUUCCUAUGAAUUUAACAGAAUUGAUGCCGGAUUACAUAGAUACAGUUGGUUGCUUUGAGGAACUGACAGCUGAACCUCGAGAAAUACCAAUUGGGACCUGGGGAGGAAACUUAUCGCAGAUGUAUCUUGAUAAUGUGGCUGCGGCUUACCAAACAUUGCGAACGUCUGUUAAUAGAUACAAUAUCAGUGCAGAGAAAUGGGACGAGAUAACCCAAGAAGUCAAACGCGAAAUAAACGAGAGACACUGCUCGGUUCGAUCGAUAAGAUUUUAUGCACAAAAGAGGGAUACCGGGAAACUGAUGUCAUUAAAAUGA